AUAUAAGUCCACGAACAAGAACGCUUCCGAGGAAAAACAAAGAUGUCGCUUCCCAUGUUAAGAGGUUGUUAUAAGUUUCCAUCAACAUAUAGCUUUACUCGUCUAUUUUUAAAUGAAAGUCUCGUUCUGAAUCGGUCGGGAAAAACGCGGCUUCCGUCUUCAUCGCCUGCCGCUUCGGCAGCAGCAGUCCGCCCGUACAGCUCCCACCGGGGCGGACAGAACCAGAAGGUGGUGGUUGUCGACAUCCCAAAUCCUUUUAUCUGGUUUCGCACCCGAAUAUACUACUUCCUGAUCAGGGCUUACUUUGAUAAAGAGUUCAGCAUUGAAGAGUUCACGGAGGGAGCCAAGCAGGCCUUCUCCCAUGUUUCCAGACUGUUGUCACAGUGCCAGUUUGAAGCUUUAGAAGGCCUUGUGGCUAAAGACUUGAUUGGAAAGCUUGAGGAAAAGUGUAAUCUGCUGCCAUCGAGCCACAAGAAAGCUCUCUCUGCACAUCCUGAUGAGAUCAUGUACACAACACCUGGAGACGUGGGAAUCUACUAUGAUGACAAUGGGAGAAAAUUUGUCAGUAUUCUGAUGCGUUUCUGGUAUCUGACAAGUGCACAUCUUCCCAACGACACCAUGGAGGGAACCCGUGUCUUCCAGGUGGCCAUUGGUGGGGAGGGGGAAGCAGAAACUAAGAGACUGCUAAGUGCAAACUAUGAAUUCCAAAGAGAGUUUACUAAGGGAGUGGCUCCAGACUGGACCAUUACGAGGAUAGAGCACUCCAGACUUUUGGACUAAGGUGCUUUUGAUUUGAGGCAGCGGUGCCAGUGGAAACUAGUCAAAGACACAAAAUUCACCUCAGUAUUUGUUUUCUAAAAUUAAAUUUAAAGAAAACAAAAACAGCAAAACUCCUUACUGGGAAGUCAGAUGAAACCACCAGGACAAACUUGGAUUCCACUGUUCAAUGUAGAAAAGACACAUGAGCCAACCUAUCUAUUUAUCCUAGAUACUGCCCAGAACUGUCUGCUGCAUAGCAGUGUUUCUUAUGGUUCUCUUCAUUAUCUCUUAUCCCCCACCCCCACAAUAAAAGAAACUGUGAUCAAAACUUGACUAGGUUUAUGAACUGGUGAUUUGAAAGAUUUUGUACAUUAAUUAAUCUUGCCAGAUGAAUCCCCUCUUAUUUUCAAAUCAAUUGUAGCUUUAUUUCAACUUUUGUGUAACAUCAUAUGAAUUGGUCUUGCUGCAGCUGUUUUGGAAACUAUUGUUUCUCUAUGUAGGACUGUGUGGUACAAAGACAAUGAAAUGUGCCAGAUUUGCUUUCACACAGGAGAUAACUGUCUUUUUAAUUUUAACACAACCUGUUGCACCUGACUCUGAAGCACAUGCUAUAUAUGUACCAUAUGUGUGUACAUGUAGGAGCUUGAUGCAGCUGCAGCAGACCCUGAUUGUUUUAUUAAAGAUUUGAGAGAUGAAGAAUGUGUCAUUGAUUUCCUAUAGUUUCUUCACUUAACAGGGUUUGUGUUCACUUAUUGUUUUCUUGUAUAUACUUUGACACAAUGAUUGCACAAACCAUGGGACUUGUCUGCACAAUUAUGUAUAUUUUGGUGUUAAAAGGGUUAAAAUUAAAAUGUACACCAGUUAGCCAAAACAUUAGAAUAAAAGGCGGGUUAAGUGAAUAACAUUGAUUGUCUUGUUAUAAUGCAGUGUUGUGCUGGGAAACCUUGGGUCCUGGGGCCUGUAUCACGAAGCGAGAUCAACCUUUCCUGGGUUACCCAGACCUAUCCUGGGUUGACUAACCCUAACAAUGGCAAUCAGGAUAAUCGGUAUCACGACGCUGGAUAUCAACUCGGUAACUCAACCCAGGGUUGCUUUGUCAAGAGCCGUGAACGCGCAUGCAGCGGACCAAUCACAAUCAUGAGAGAAGCGCAGCGUCACUGAGCGUCCUCACUGAGCGCCGUAUGUGAGGGAAAAAAAAGUGUUUCUCAUGAGGAUCAGAGAUUAAUUCUACUAAAAUAUGAGGAGGAGAAAAGCAACAUUAGAGAAAAGGCCAACACCGUGGCAGCUGCAGGAGGAGGAAACAUGCGUGGCAACGCAUAACGGCAUGAAUAAUGUUUAGUUUUAGUUUAGAUUAGUUUAUUUGCACAUAAUGUUAAAAAUAAAAUUUACAAGAU